AUGGAAAGUCCAAAAAACAUAUGUUUUUCGGAGAACUCAAUUCGAUCGAGUGAGUUAGUCUUGUUUUUGUCUCUAAAUGAUUAAUUUUUAGUUACACUUUAACGUGUUAUCGAAUAAUUAUUUCAAUUAUAACCAAUCGUUCGAAAUAUUAUGCAGAAGAGUUUGAAAAUCUAAUGACUGGUGUUGGAACUCGUGAAGAUCGCUUGAUAAAUUUGAUCAUUAUGAGAUCAGAAAUCGAUUUGCAAUCGAUUCGAGAAGAAUUUGAUCGUCAACAUCCAAAUGAAUCAUUCAUCGAUUGGAUUUCAGAUGAUACUUCUGACAAGUAUCAAGAAGCACUUCUAGCUUUAGUUCGAGGAAACAGAGAUCAGAUAAUAUGAUUUGGGAAGAGGGGAUUUGAUAAUUAAAAUAAAACAUUUUUAAGUACAAAACUUUUUUUAUUCCCAUAAAUUUCAGGAAUAAAAAAACAACAGACUAGAGUGUAGUCUGCGAGAGAGUGAGAGACGCGGAGGAAAUUUAAAAAUUGGCGGUGAAAUUUGAGAAUCAUAUGUCAUUGAAAGAAAAAAAAAACGAUUUUCAGAAGGAUUUACAACUAUGAAUAGUCUAAAACUUGAAGAAAAACAAAUUUCCAGCGAAAAAAUGAAAAAAACUGGUAAAAAUCGAUUUUCUAACCUUUUCAAGAGUUUUUUCUCGAAAUUUGCAAUGAAAAUGUGUUGCUCAGAUGGAAAAUAACGAUUUCCAGCAAUUUACAAGACUGAAAAUCAUCUAAAACUCGGAAAAACAGGUUUUCAGCAAAAAAAAAGAGAGAAACCGCCCGAAAGCUUCGAAUGUGUGCAAACACUUGCAAUGCACACAAUGCAACCUACAGUACUCCAAGAAUAUAUUUUAAUCGACUCAGCUGAGUUUCAGAUGCAACAUUGGAUUUUUAGCCACAUAUAAAGAAUAUUUUGACUCAAAAUGUAGCUGAAAUUGUAAUUGUUCAGCCAAUUUUCGUCAAAAAUCAAUAAAAAAUAAGUAAAAAUGGUCAAAACACCGUGAUAUUUCGAAAAUUCAAACAAAAAAGCACAAAAUUCAAUAUUUUAUUCAACCAGCAAAAAUCAAAACAAAUAACAAUUUUUCAAAUUUUAUUCAUUUUUCAAUAUCAGAUUUUUUAGAAUUUCCAUAAAAAUUCAAAAAUGUGUGUUUUGUUUUUUUUUUGAUCUUUGAUCAAACAAACAAACACACUGCAGGCUAUAUUAUAUCCAAAAAUGAUUAUAAUUUACAGAAAUCACUUAGAUAGUUAUAAAGACGCAUAAAGCGCAAAAACUGAACGUAAGUUUUUCUAGAUAUAGCAAUAUCAAAAAAAUCUCCUAUUUUUGCAGAACGCUAAUGUUAAUCAAAUGAACGUCCCAGAUCGCGCUGGGACACCAAACGUGGUUCAAGAUCAACCGGAGCUUCGCCUUCCGCAGCCAACCGAUCCAGCAACUCAACAACAACAAGAUUCAGCCUGGUUUGAUGCGGAUUUGAUGCGCGAAUUGGCUCGUCAGUUGGAAUUGGAGGCACAGAUUCAAGCUGUCACCACGGGUGUUCCAAUUGCUCCUCCAUCGCCGAUUUUAUCGAUCGAGGAAAUCAUAGAGCUGUUGAAUCCCCGCUCUAAUUCGGACAACGAAAAUGCUGCUGAAGUUGAUAUGAUGCCAGUCAAUGAUCCGAAGAUCGCAAUCGAAUUAGAAGGUGAUGAAGAAGCUGUGGAUUUGGAAGAUGGUGGAGGGCAAGAAGCGGAAAUGGCGGACGACACGACUUCAACGGAACGAGAUAUGGCGAAUCUUCGACCAUAUCUCAGUUUCGAACACGAAUACGGUGCUGGACAAGCUUUGUGUCAAUCCCCACAAAAAUUUAAAGAAUCGAGAGUGAGUAUAUCAGCGAAACCGACCGAAUUGUUGCAAAAUCAUGCGAUUGUCCAACUUCGAUAA